AUGCUCGAAAGCAACAUCGGCCGGGGGCAAGGCAUUGCCGCCAGCAACGCCUCGACUGGUCAAAUCGAACUUGGCCUCUUCCAACAGGCCUUGCAUGAGAGCAUUGCUUUCACGAAUAAUACAGAUGAGAAGCAGAAGUGGCAGAGCCUUCUCGAAACCAGCAUCACUUCGGCAAACCUUUCGCUUUCCAACGCCACCAAGAACACGGAAUUACCCCUGGAUCGCCUAUCCAUAGGCACGGCAAUGUUACGGCUGUAUGAUGCGACCAAGAACGAGGCCCUCAUCCCCACGAUCAAGGCAUUGCAAUUGUCGGCUAUCAACCAAAAACGAAACACCAAUGGCGGCCUGUGGUAUUACGACAACCCGCUGAAUCAAUCCGCGUACCACAACCUCAGCUAUCUGGAUGGCAUGUUCUCCUACUCCCCUUUUGUGAUUCUAUCGACCAAGCUCGACUUUGCCAGCGACACCAACAACCUCAACGAAGCCGCAGCUUGGAACCAAUUGAGCAUUCUCCGCAGCAUCACCGAACGCGAAGAUGGACUAUUCGUGCACGGCUACGAUCCCACCCAAAACCACACAUGGGCCCAACCCAGCGAAAAAGGCGCCAGUCCCGUCGUCUGGGGCAGAGCUCUCGCAUGGUACACUCUCGGAGUAGUAAACAGCAUCGAGCUACUGGAAACACAAUACAGCGAUCUCAUUUCCAAUUUCAAAACUCUCUACCGCGAUCUCAUUUCUGCCCAAUUGCGCGCCGCCGAUCGUAGUCUUGCCAUCGAAGGACAAUAUGGAGUCUGGCAAAUCGUCGAUCGACCCGGUGCGACAUUCAAUGGCCACGCGAAUUUCAUCGAAGCGAGCUCCAGUCUCAUGACGGCUUAUUCUUUGCUCAAAGGUGCCAGACUCGGCUGGCUCGAAGACGACGCUUCAUUGAAAUUGCGGGCGCAAAUUGCCGGAGUGGGAAUUUUCAAUGAUAUGAGGCAGAGGUACAUGAUUGUGAAUGACAAUAGUACACUCAGUCUCAAUGGUACGAGUUCUGUGAGUACGUUGAGUGGAAACGUAGAUUAUGAGUACUAUGUGACUAGACCUACUGUGCUGAAUAGUCUGAUUGGCUCCAGUGCCUUUAUCCUGGCUGCGAUGGAAGCUGAGAGGUUGUGUUAG